AUGUCUGCUGAAGUCGAAACACUUGAGUUCCAGGCUGAAAUCAACCAGCUCAUGUCACUCAUUAUCAAUGCUUUCUACACAAACAAGGAAAUUUUCCUCCGUGAGUUGAUUUCCAACGCAUCUGAUGCAUGCGACAAGAUCCGUUAUGAUUCUCUCAAGAACCAGGCCAUCCUUGGCAACCAGAAGGAAUUCUUCAUCCAUAUCCGCCCAGAUAAGGAGAACAGAUGCCUUUCCAUCAUCGAUUCUGGUAUCGGCAUGACAAAAUCCCAUCUUAUCAACAACCUUGGUACAAUCGCUCGCUCCGGCACACGCCAGUUCAUGCAGGCCAUCGAAGAAGGCGCUGACCUUUCCCUCAUCGGUCAAUUCGGCGUCGGCUUCUUCUCCGCUUUCCUUGUUGCCGACCGCGUUGUUGUCACAUCCCACCACUCCGAUGAUGACCAGUACAUCUGGGAGUCCGAGGCUGGCAAGAACUUCACAAUCCGCCGUGAUCUCGAAGGUGAAGACCUUAUCCGUGGUACACGUAUCGAUCUUUACCUCAAGGAAGACAUGACAGAAUUCCUUGAAGAGAAGAAGCUCAAGGAGCUCAUCAAGAAGCACUCUGAGUUCAUCCAGUACCCAAUUUCUCUUUGGGUCGAGAAGACAAAGGAAGAGGAAGUCUCCGAUGACGAAGAGAAGAAGGAAGACGAAGAGAAGAAGGAAGACGAAGAAAAGAAGGACGACGAGAUCAAGGAAGUCGAAGAUGAAGCAGAAAAGAAGGAUGAAGAAAAGAAGAAGAAGAAAGUCACAAUUGUCGAACACGAGUGGGAACUCAUCAACAAGAACAAGCCACUCUGGCUCAGACCAUCAAAUGAAGUCACAGAAGACGAAUACGCCGAAUUUUACAAAUCAAUCUCCAACGAUUGGGAGAAGCACCUUGCUGUCAAGCACUUCCGCGUUGAAGGUGAUAUUGGCUUCACAGUCCUUCUCUUCGUUCCACGCCGUGCUCCAUACGAUCUCUUCGAGCCAAAGAAGAAGCUCAACAACAUCAAGCUCUACGUCCGCCGUGUCUUCGUUAUGGACAACUGCGAGGACCUCAUCCCAGAGUGGCUCAACUUCAUGAGAGGUAUCGUUGAUUCUGAUGACUUACCACUCAACAUUUCCAGAGAAACACUCCAGCAGAACAGAAUCAUCAAGCUCAUCCGCAAGAACAUCAUCAAGAAGUGCUUAGAGCUCUUCAACGAGAUCGCCGAGAAGAAGGAAGAUUUCAAGAUCUUCUACGAACAGUUCUCAAAGAAUAUCAAGCUCGGCAUCCACGAGGACACACAGAACAGACCAAAGCUUGCCAAGUUACUCCGCUUCUACUCCACACAGUCAACAGAGGAACUCACAUCUCUUGAUGAGUACAUCGAGAGAAUGAAGGAGGGACAGAAGGGCAUCUACUGGAUCUCCGGCGAAACAAAGGAGGCAGUCAUGAACUCUCCAAUGCUCGAAGUCUUCCGCCAGAAGGGUAUCGAAGUUCUCUUCUUAAUUGACCCAAUCGAUGAAUACUGCUUCCAGCAGUUGAACGAGUACUCCGAUCACAAGUUGAUGUGCAUCACAAAGGAGAACUGCGAGAUCGACGAGACAGAAGACGAGAAGAAGCAGUACGAGGACCUCAAGGCCAAGCUCGAACCAAUGUUCACAAAGAUCAAGGACUUGAUCGGCAAGGACUGCGAGAAGGUCGUCCUCUCAAAGAGAUUGGUUGUCACACCAUGCGUCAUUGUCACAGGUGAGUACGGCUACACAGCUAACUUCCAGAGAUUGAUGAACGCUCAGGCACUCAGAGAUAACACAAUGUCUCAGUACAUGCAGGCAAAGAAGACACUCGAAAUCAACGGAAAGCACCCAGUCGUUACAAAGCUCGUUGACAUGCUCGAGAAGGAUGAGACAGACAAGAACGCUAAGGAGAUGCUCUCAAUGCUUUGGGACACAGCUCAGCUCGCUUCUGGCUUCACACUCGCUAACCCAGCUGCUUUCUCUGCUAGAAUCAACCGUAUGGUCGCUGUCGCUUUAGAUGUCGCCGGUCAACUCGAGGAGUUACCACCACUCGUCGAAGAGAAGCCAAAGGUUGAAGAGGCUAAGGAAGGUGAAGCUGCUCCAGCUGCUGACUCUGCUGACCUUAAUAAGUUUGAUGAUGUCGAUUAA